UUUCUUCCCGCCACGAUGGCCUCCGGUUCAGGAAAGAACCAAGACGACACCGAAACCAAAGAACCGGUCGUUUUGCUGCGCCUGCGCGAGGAGUCCAACGCCGCCGCCGCUACAGAGCCGCCGCCCUCGGCUCCGCCGCUCGAGGUCAUCCCAGAAGAGGAAGAGGUCCAUGGGUCACAGGAAGCCGGAGGCCGGAACCCCUCCGCCACCACCGCCACAGCUGCGGCGGCCGAGCAGAAGGGCGAGGAGACCGGGUCUCUUUUCUGGGCGGUCUGGGACCCCGCUGGCGGCAAGCCCCCUCUUCCUCCACGCCCUCCCUCCUUCUCGAGAGCCGGAGGUCCGAGCUCCGCGAUCGAUUUGAAGGACGUGUUCGAUGAACUGAUGCUGGAGUCCCAGAGGGAGAGGAGCGUGGAGACGGACCAGAAAGCCGAGGCUGAGGGAACGCCGAGGCAGCAGAAUGAACAGGUGGGGUCAUCAGCACUUCGGCCCAAAAAAGGCAAGAAACUGCUCUGGAGAAAGAUUUUGGACAGGAUAGGAAUCUCCAACCGAAAUUACACAAUACCUCAUGUGAACUACAAGAAACUCCACAUAACCGAGAUCAUUACGCAUUACAAUCUCCUUGAAAUGGUAGCUGGACGAGGAGUAUUAUUUGAUUCACAUGCUCUGAAUCUUCGCCGUGCCUAUUCUGAAUUUAGGCCAGUGCAUGGAGAUGGAGAGUGUUUCUACAGGAGCUUCAUAUUUUCCUACCUCGAGCAAGUCCUUCAUAGGCAGGAUACACAUGAGGAACACCGUCUUCUUGCUGCUGUUAAAGGAGUGGCUAGGCAACAUGCACGCCUUGGGUGGGCCUCCGAAUUUUCCAGGAGCCACAAAGAUAUGCACCAUUGUUUCACUGUAGUGGCAUAGGAGCAUGCCAUCACAACAUUACAACCUGUUGACAUGGGUUCAAAUUUGAUUUUAUUUGAAACGUAACAAUCUAAUGCUAAUAAAAAAAAUACAUGUUUACAUAAGUUCACUUUCAUGAAACAGCAAUAAUGAGAUAUCAUUGUAGAGAGAUAAAAGAGAUCAUGUUUCUUUCUUACACCAAGAUAAUGCGCCCAUGCUGCUUUGUGUGGUCAUCUGAUCAAAUCACUAAUGUUUUGUUUCUCCUACUUGCUUAUAAAAUAAUUUCUUUCUCAACUACUAUCUUAUAGUUGCUGUUUACUGGUAGAAGCUGCGCAGGCAAAUCUUAUGUUGUUUAUAUCUUUUCGUACCUUGUUAUAAUAGUCAAUGUGUAAGCCUUAUUGCAAGAAAAUAUAGUGAUUAUUUGAUUCAUUUAGGCAUUUAAGAAGCUGAUAAAGAAAGUAAUGAGAUGGAAGAUACACAAACGAUUGAAGCAUGUACCAACAAUUAACAGCUACCGCAUAGAGAAACUUCUUGAGUUCUUCAACGAUUAUAAGAGGACAGACGACAUUUUUACUUUCCUCAGAUUGGUAGCAGCUAUCUGGAUAUGCUCGCACCGUGAAGAGUUUGUACCACUUAUACCUGAGCUCAAUGAAGGUCGCACUCUCACCCAAUGGUGCCUUCAAGAAGUUAUCCAGCGUAGGGUCUUUACAGAUCAUAUUCAGAUAACAGCACUAGUAAGGGCGCUUCGGGUGCCUCUGCGAGUGGAGUACCUCUUUCAAGAAGCUGGUCAAGACCUCUACACUGGCCAAGGUCCCCAAGAUGAUAUGCCAAGAAGCACGUGUUGGCCACGUCGUCAUCAUCAAAUACCCCCUAAUCAUGAAGUACCCCGUGUGACCGUGCUAUACACGCAGGAGCACUAUGACAUCUUAUACCCAUACCAUCCUGAGGGUCCUGUGACUCCUGGUGAGAGCUCUGGUCAGCGGUCUGACAAGACAGAAAGCCCGGCCGCUAAGAGUCCAAGUCAACAACAGAUAGGUAGCUGCAGCGGUGAGACAUCAAAUCAACAGAUUGACCAGGUAGAGGGCUCCACCUCCACUGGUGAGAUAUCAGAUAAACACACUGCGGAGGAGGAAAGUUAGUUCGUCUCUGACCAUGAGUAUGGUGAGCAUUUGUUGAGAAGCUAUAGAUCGAGAAUUAUGCAUACACUGACGAGAUAGAUAGGCAUAUACUUCUGGAUUCUUUAUCCUGUUGGCACAAACUGCUGGUGCCAAUAGGAUAGUGGAUGAUCAGUAGUUGCUCCUCCUUUUUUCUGUGACAAGGCUGAAAACUUGGUUCUGUAGCUCGGUUAAAAGGUCUCGGCUUGGUACAUUGAUUCUUUUUGUGAAUUGUGAUCACAUUUUCUUAACUAGGUUCCUGUGGUAACUUUGCCUCAUAA